AUGCAUGAUCUGAUUAUUCGCAGCGGCACCAUUGUCGACGGCACCGGAAACACCAAAUUUGUUGGCGACAUUGCCAUCGACGGCGAAAAAAUUGUUGCCGUCGGUAAAGUUGACGGUGAUGCCAAAAAAGAAAUCGACGCCACCGGCAUGCUGGUCACCCCUGGCUGGGUAGACGUGCACACCCACUAUGACGGCCAGGCCACCUGGGACCCUAUUCUUGCACCCUCAAGCUGGCACGGCGUGACAACUGUUGUCAUGGGUAACUGCGGCGUGGGUUUUGCGCCGGUAAAGCCAGGUGACCACGACUUCCUGAUUGAACUUAUGGAAGGCGUUGAAGAUAUUCCCGGUGCCGCGUUAGCCGAGGGCAUCGACUGGCAGUGGGAAUCUUUCCCCGAGUAUCUGGAUGCACUGGAAACCAAAGCCCGCACUAUUGAUGUGGCGACCCAGGUACCUCACGGCGCCAUUCGCGCCUAUGUCAUGGGCGCACGUUGUAACACCCAGGACGACCUGCCCACUGAUGAUGAACUGGCACAGAUGCAGGCACUGGUACGCGAGGGUAUCCAGGCCGGCGCGCUGGGAUUCUCCAGUUCACGCACCUGGCUGCACAAAGACAAACACGGCAUUCAUGUCCCUGGCACCUUUGCCGGCAGUGAUGAAAUGCUGUCGCUUGGACUGUCGAUGAGAGGUCUCGAUCACGGUAUCUUUGAGCUGGUGUCCGACCACCUUGGCGAUGACGAUGAAUGGGCCUGGAUACAGACUUUUGCCGAAGAAACAGGCCGCCCCAUUACUCUGGUGGCCACAUCUCCAGCGGCUUUCGAAGGCAAUAAGAUGUACAACAUUGCUGAAGCUGCACGGGUCAAAGGGCUCGAAGUACGGCCCCAGAUUGCCGGCCGUCCUACCGGCGUGCUGCAUGGUCUGCAGUCCAACUUCCAUGUGUUUGCCACCACGCCGACAUUCCAGAGCACCCUUACCGAAUUGUCCUUGCCCGAACUGGUCAGCGCCAUGUCUGACCCGGCGCUGAAAGCUCAGCUCCUCAGUGAAGUGGACGGUGAUCGGCCGAUGCCGCUGACCGGCUCGCUGCGGGAAUUGAUGUGGCAGGUUUUCCCGCUGGGAGACAAGCCUGACUAUGAACCCAACAAAGAAGCGUCAGUGGCUGGUAUUGCCGAAGCACAGGGACGCGACGCAUUUGAAGUCAUGUACGACCUGCUGGUGGAUAACAACGGCAAAGAGCUGUUUUAUCAGCCUCUGGGCGGCUAUCAAACCUAUAGCUUUGAUUUCUUCAAAGUCUCCAUGGGCCACCCCAACGUCUUGUUCGGCUUAUCAGAUGGCGGCGCGCACUGUGGCGUGAUUGCAGAUGCAGGCAUGCCCAGCUUCAUUCUCAGCCACUGGGCCCGGGAUCGGAAAAAAGGUGAGCAGUUUGACCUGGAAUUCCUGGUACGCAAAUUAAGCCGCGAUACCGCAGAGGCUUACGGCAUGUUCGACCGUGGACUGCUGCAGGAAGGUUAUCUGGCGGACAUCAAUAUCAUCGAUUUUGAAGCGCUGAACCUGCAUCGUCCUGAAGCAAUUCACGACCUGCCUACCGGUGGCAAACGCCUGGUACAGAAAGUGGACGGUUACCGGCACAUCAUCAAACGCGGCCAGCCGAUUUUCAAAGACAAUGAACACACCGGUGCGCUGCCAGGCAAACUGGUACGCGGUGGUGUUGCUUAG